AUGUCUUGGGAUGAGAAAUACAACGGUAAAAGGAGAGCUACUACCAGACGUGAUACGUUACAGCUGAGUAAUCGUGUUCGCUAUGUUCGACGUCUUCGUUUUCGCGUCUAUUACUUCCUUGACCAUCCGAUGAGCGCAAAUAGUACAUGGUAUCAUUUUGGAGUUUUCGGAGUCGUUCUUAUCGCAGUGAUUCUUGGUGCCACUACCACAUGGGAGGACCCUCUCAUUCGAGAAGUGCAUUUCUAUAUGGAAGUGACGUUAGCGGUAUUUUUUAUCUGCGAAUUUUGUGUUCGAAUGUGGUGCAUCUCAGCGGACGCAAAGUACUGCGGGAUCAAAGAUACUGCGACUUUUCCACAUAGAUCGACAAAUGACGACAUGGCAUCUCAUCAAGAACAUGGUCAUACUAAGCAAGUA